GAAGAAGAAUGUGGAUAAUUCAAAACUUAUGUAAAUGAAAUGGGUAUUAAAGGUCUCACCAAGUUGUUAGGAGACUAUGCUCCUUCUUGUGUUCAACAGCAAGAGUUGAAAAACUAUUUUGGUAGAAAGAUUGCAAUAGAUGCGUCGAUGAAUAUUUAUCAGUUUCUGUCUGCUGUGAGAGCUGGUGCUGACAAUCUACGGAAUGAAGCAGGUGAAGUGACCAGUCAUUUGAGCGGGCUUUUCUAUCGAACAACCCGAUUGAUGGAGCUUGGAAUAAUGCCCUGCUAUGUGUUUGAUGGCAAACCCCCUGAACUAAAGAGUGGAGAGUUGAGCAAACGAAUCGAAGCUAGAAGACAGGCUGAAGCAAGUGCAGCGUUGGCCAAAGAAGAAGGAGAUGUAGAAGCCUAUGAAAAAUUCAAUAGAAGAGUGAACAAAGUGUCACCGGAAGUUAUUGAACAAUCGAAAAGACUGUUGCGACUGAUGGGAAUUCCUAUCCUUGAAGCACCGGAAGAAGCAGAGGCACAAUGUGCAAGUUUAUGUAAGGAAAAUUUAGUAUACGCGACUGCAUCGGAAGACAUGGAUUCUUUAACUUUCGGAUCCUCUAAAGUAAUUCGGCAACUGUGGGUAGGUGCAACUUCCACUGCUGAAAAGAAAGGAAUCCAUCCUUUAGAAUUUUCACUGGAGAAAGCAUUACUUGAACUUAAUUUUAGCUAUGAACAAUUUAUCGAUCUUUGCAUAUUAUGUGGGUGUGAUUAUUUGGACUCUAUUAGAGGGAUUGGACCUUACAAAGCCUUUAACCUUAUACGCAAACAUGGCAAUCUAGAAGGAGCUUUGGAAGAAAUAAAAGAAAAACACGAUGUUCCUGAUCAUUUUCCAUAUGACAAGGCAAGAGAGCUCUUUUUGAAGCCCAAAGUGCACUCUCCCUCUUCUGUUGUAUUAGAAUGGUCACCACCUGAUGAACAAGGAAUCAUUCAAAUGUUGGUACACGAAAGUAACUUUAAUGAAGACAACAUACGCAAAGCUUUGAAAAGAUUGGCCCAUUCCAAACAUGCUUCUUCACAAGGGAGAUUGGAAAACUUCUUUUCCAUAAAGCCAAAGGAGCAACAGGAUCCUUCAACUGAUAAGAAACGAAAAGCUCCUGUAUUUUCACCAAAAAGAAAUAAACGUCGUUAACUUUUUUGUCAUAGUUUGACAAACUGUUAUGGAACUUUCUUGUCCUUUGCAAGUACCUGACAUUGGCAAUGAAGGUAUAAAGUUGGGAGAUUUGGC